UUUCCAUAACCAUGGCUUCAGACACUAAUCUCCUCUCACUCUCAGCCUUCCUCCUCUGUCUUCUCCAACUGCAGCUCCCUUUCUCCGCCGCCGUCAAUGGCGGCUACUGGUUCCCGGAGAGUCAAUUCCCAGCCUCAUCCAUAGACUCCACUCUCUUCACCCACCUCUUCUGCGCAUUCGUCGCCCUCAACCCCCAAACCAACCAACUCUAUAUUUCCCCUUCCAACAACGCCUCCUUCGCCCAAUUCACCGCCACCGUCCGCCGGAAAAACCCCUCUGUCAAAACCCUAAUUUCCAUCGGCGGCGGAUCCGCCAACCGGUCGGUCUUCGCCGCCAUGGCCGCCCGGCCCGCCGCCCGGAAAUCCUUCAUCGACUCCUCCAUCAAACUCGCCAGGAGUUACGGAUUCUCCGGCCUCGAUCUGGAUUGGGAGUAUCCCGACACGAAUUCCGACAUGAACAACCUCGGAACCCUCGUGACCGAAUGGCGGGCGGCGGCGGCCGCCGAGGCCACGGCCACCGGAAAGGCGGCGCUCCUCCUGACGGCGGCGGUUUACUACUCGUCGGAUCUGAAUGGAAUGAAUUAUCCGACGGCGGCGAUCGAUUCCAGCCUGGAUUUCGUCAACGCCAUGGCGUACGAUUUCUACGAUCCUUCUUGGUACAGAGACUUCACCAAUUUACACGCGAAGCUGUUCGACCGGCCGAACCCGGUCGUGAGCGGCAGCUACGGGGUGGACCGGUGGGUUCAGGCCGGUCUGAGCCCGAAGAAGCUGGUGCUCGGCGUGCCGUUUUACGGCUAUGCUUGGCGCCUGAAGAGCGCCGGAAACAAUGGCGUGUUGGCGCCGGCGUCGGGGCCGGCGGGUGCGGGGAGCGGCGCGAUGGGAUACGGUGAAAUUAGGAGCUUUAUAAGCCGGAAUAAUGCGCGUGUGGUUUAUAAUUCGACCGUUGUGGGGAAUUAUUGCUAUUCUGGGACGACGUGGAUUGGGUACGAUGAGACUCAGGCCAUUGGUGCUAAGGUUGCCUAUGCUAAGCAGAAGGGGUUGGGUGGGUACUUUGCGUGGCAUGUCGGCGCCGACAGCAAUUGGGCUCUAUCAACUCAGGCAAAAAAGUCCUGGGAAGCAUAAAGAGGAAAUUAUGGUACGCAAAGUGAGUGGACUUCUAGUUAUGCUUACACGCAUUAAAUAAAUUGCAUCUAAGCUACAUACGUACUUCUUAUCGCAUCUAUCAUAAUAAAUUGUCUUGACGCAGUUUUCAGGAUACUAGAUUUGGCCGGAAAUUUACAAUUAGCUGCUGCGAAUUCUCACGUCAUAAAUAAUAAUAAAAAAAACAAACAGUUC